GAGAGGUGUUCUGGUGAAUAUUUCGCGCGUGCAACGCGUGUUCUGAUAAUGACGGUCUUAUCUGAGUGUGGUUGCUUAGUUACCAUACUAUAUUAUUGUUAGUAUAUAUAUCAAAUUACAGCACGGAUGAAAAGUGCUUUUCUACCUGUUGUUGACUGUUAAUACAGUUAUGUUACUAGUGUAAUUAUUACGACAAACCAUUUCAGAUAGAAGAAAAUAACUAUUUUGAAGUGGUCUGUACCUUUUGAUGACGAUUAUGACAUCAUCAAACAAGAGUAGCCUCUCUAAGGAAUACUCGGCAGCUGUAUACACCUGCGUUUCUCUGUUUCUUCUUGUCUUAAUUGGGAUCCUAUUUUACGUUCUUUGUUCAAAACGCUAUAAAUUAAACUGGUUUGAAAAAACAAACCUUGCUGCUGCAGAAGAAAAGAGAAAAGUUGAACCUUCAACGUCUGAAGCCGGAAGUAUAGAAAGUGCUAAAGAGGUGAUCCGGUCGAACGUAACUUCUUCUAGUGUUUCCAGGAUUUUUCGGCCUCAAGGCUCAGAUGGAUCACAAGGUCUUGCCUCGGAAGACGUUUGGGUUCCGUAUGACAUACAUAAAGAGGGCGCUGUAAGAGAGGCGGCAGUUGAUUUUGGUGAUGAACGCGUCCCGGAUACUCCACUGACGCCAUUGGGAACAAAAGUGUCACCAUUUGCCAUCUAUCAAACAGGAUUUUCAACAGCAGAGCGGGGAGCCUCACCCCUGAUCAAAUACGUUCAACCAACACCACUCCCCUCAAGUCCAAUCAGAUCACGACUGACUUCCAUGUACACCAAGUUGAAUCACACACAAUUUGAUGCCACGAUGUAUCAGAGUAAGGAAGCGGCGUCCUCUAGUGGCUCAGACAACAACUCACAAGGCUCGCUUCAGUUUUCUGUAAGCUAUAAUACCCAGUUUUCUUUACUAUGUGUUCGACUGAUUCAGAUACGUGACCUUAUACCUAGAGAUUUCAGUGGAACAGCUGACCCUUACGCAAAGGUCUGGUUACUUCCAGAUAUCAGAGAUGUUCGAAAAAGCAGUGUCCGCCGCAAAACUCUCAAUCCUCAUUUCGAAGAAGAUUUUGUCUUUGAUGUUCCUCCAGCAGAGCUUCGAGAACGGACGCUGGAAAUUUUGAUUUACGAUUAUGACCAAUAUUCCAGGCAUGUUUGUAUGGGAAAAGUACAGCUCCCAUUGGAUCGCAUAGAAUUCACCGAGAAGACAACAUUGUGGAAAGGAAUAACCAUUUGCGAAGCAGCGGAUGACCAGGUUCCUGACUUGGGGGAUUUAAUGUUUUCCUUGGGUUACUUGCCGAGUGCUGAGAGGUUGACAGUUGUUAUACUAAAAGCCAGGAAUCUUGUGUCUGCUGACGAGAGAAAGAAAAUAUCAGAUCCGUACGUAAAAGUGUCAUUGCAUCAUGGCGGGAAGCGGUACAAAAAGAAGAAGACCACAACACAGAGGGGAACCCUUAACCCUAUAUUCAAUGAAGCUUUGACAUUCAAUGUAACAAGAGAAAUGCUGCGGAGUGCUACUCUCGAGUUUUCCGUAAUGAAUGAUAAUAUCCUGAGCCAGAAAGAAAAUUUGGGUAGCGUUGUGAUUGGUCCGCAUUCCAAAGGGGACGAGGCGGCUCACUUCAGAGACAUGAUAGUUUCUAGGUCUGCAGUGGCAAUGUGGCAUUCUUUAAUGCCUCCGCGUUUAAUUUAGGGUUAGCUAAUCUUAGAGAUGUCACCUUACAAAUUAAGUUAUUUUAGCUAAAAUCUUAAUCGAUACAUAAGUUAAAAUAUAUCUAUAAUUUAACAUAUCUACAUCAAUAUACAUUUGAACUUUUUAAAACUACAUAAAUUAUUAUAUCAUGUCCACAUUACCUAAAUGGUCUUAAUAACUUCGUAAUAAAUCUAAGUCAUAUAUAAUUAUGUGAAAUACCCGUUCUGUACUAUUCACAUAAUUAAAUAAACCUAUUGAAUAUUCAAGUUAAAGUCAGUAUAGUGAAAUAUAAUUUUCACAUACCCCUAGUGGCACAGCGGUAUGUCUGCUGAUUUACAAUGCUAGAAUCCGGGUUUCGAUACCCGUGGUAGGU